GACCAUAAAGGGCAGAGCAAGUCAGGCCAGCAGCUGAUACCAAAUGCUCUAUAAAUAGCUGGCAGGGCCUGGUCACUGCAUCAGAGCGCACAGCCCGAACAAACUUUUACAGACAAAGGAGUAAGAAAGUAGUUUCUGUUUUAGUUUUGUGUAAGAAUUAGAAUGAACAAGCCCAAAAUUGUCAGACCAGAGGAGAGCCAGCCAGCGCAUGUGCUGUGGUUUGACAGAAAGAAAUAUGUCACCCUUAACUUCAGGGUGCAAAAACCUAAAGACGUCCAGGUCGAUAUCCAGCCAGACAAACUGAUUUUGUGCUGCAAAAAUGACACUGAUGAUGUGAUAUACAAUGAGCUGCACUUCUACGACAAAAUCCAAAUCUAUGAUUCCAGAGAAAGAGUCUAUGACCGCACCAUCAACUUCUUGCUUAGGAAGGUGAAGCCUGAUUAUGCAUGGCCGCGUCUCCAGAAGGAUGAUGCCAAGCCCAGUUGGAUUUCUGUGGACUUUGAUAACUGGAGGGACUGGGAGAAUGAGGAAGAUGAUGGGAAGGAAGAGUAUGACAGAUACAUGGACAUGAUCCAGGACAUGGCUACAACUAAUAAAGGAGAGACGCCAGACAUGGGAGAUCUUAGUGAUUCUGACUGAGACUCACUGUCACUCCCCUGGGUUUGCUGAAGCUUGUAAUAUUUGUUGAUGAUGUGAUUCCCCCAAAAUACUGUUUUUACACAAUGUGACAUUUUGUAUGAGAUAAUUUAUUGUUUUUGUCCACUGUACACUGACGAUUCACUGUCACUUUGAAUAAAAUACUUUAUAUCAACUGUUA